AUGCGGCCGAAGGUCGCAACACUCGACGUCAACCCUGUUCUCCUAGGAUGUUUUUGGUUUAUCUUGGCGGCAGCCCGUGAUUUGUCAGUGGAGAUAACGGGAACUGACACGGGCGACUGCACGACGCCGUGUAGAACCCUAGACUAUGCCAUCCGACAGCUCUCUUCAGGAGAUCGCAUCAAAGUCGGCGUCGGAACAUUUGCGGGUUCUUCGAACCGCAACCUCAGCCCCGGCGACCUCGGCAAAGCCAACUUCUCGAUUGAAGGCUACGACACGGAUUUGACCAUCUUUGAUGUGGAGAGAGCUGGCCGCUUCAUGUACCUGGAUGCAGCUGCUGGAGAGGUGGUGAUUCAGAAGCUGACGGUCCGCAAUGGAUACUGUUCGGCUCUUUCCGGCGAUCGCAAUGGCGCUGGAUUCAAGCUUGUGCAAUCUCCCGCCAAGCUGCGCGACAUCCACCUACGGGACAUGGACUGUAGCUUCGAGGAAACUCUUGCUCGAGAGUUUAACGGCGGUGGCCUGUACCUCGUGGAUUCGAUCGCCUUGGUGCAAAGGCUGCGAAUUACAGAUUCUGUGGGGAACCAUGGUGCCGGCAUCGCGACGUGGGGAGCCGAUGUCUCAAGAAUUGAGGACUCCAUCUUCGAGCGGCUGCAGGGACUGCGCUGGGGUGGAGCUCUACUGACGGAGGAGAAUUCCCUUACCGAGUUCCAUCGCUGCCGGUUCUCUCGUUGCUAUUCGCCCUAUGGGGGCGUGCUGGAUGACGGAGGUCAGGCCAGCCCGCUCUUUGCGGACUGUGUCUUCGACCAGGCAACAGCGCUGCACGGCUCUGCCUACUAUGGCUAUGGCAUGUCAGCGACUAGGUUCCGGAAUGUCAUCUUUCAGAACGGCCAUGCCUCCUCUUCUGGAGCGAUAUACCUCACGGCGACUGUCAGCCCGAGCUUCACCAAUAUUACGGUCGUGAACAACACCGCGAACGUGGACGUAGCUGGUGUGCGCUCCUUCGUCCCUUCCGGCAUUCUCUUCAAGAACUCACGUUUCAUCGACAACCACGUCCCGAGCAACGGUGCAGACGGUGCCAUACAGGCGGCUGCCGGUGGUUUGCUGCUGGAGGACUGUCUCUUCGAAGGCAAUGGACCAGCCGAGCCUGGGGGCACUGUUGGCAUAACAGCUGCAGCCGCCACGAAUGCCCCGUCGAUUUUCCGGCGCGUCGUGUUUCGCAACAACGGGCAUGCCGUCGUCCUGAAGCCCUCGAGCGAGCCUGAUGCUGUCAAUCGACUUCACAUGGAAGAUGUGAUCUUCGAAAGCAAUGUGGCGACUGACUUUGGAGGAGCCCUUGAAGUGAGUGCUCCUGCCGACGUUACCGUCCGCAACGCAGUCUUCCGGAAUAAUGCUGCGCAAGGCAAUGGCGGUGCGCUGGCCAUAUUUGCGAAUGGUCCUGCACGAAUUGAGAUCAACAGUUCCACUAUCGAAGGCAAUCUUGCAAACGGGCAAGGUGGUGGGAUAUACUGCGCCGAGCUGGCAAACAUGCCGGCGGCCCUCGUGCUCAACAACGUGGAGAUUCGUAGCAACGAAGCCUACGGAAGUGGAGGAGGCGUAUCGUUUGAGUGCACUUCGUUGGAUGUGACAGGCGGCAGUAUGUCCAACAACAGUGUCCUUUCGGGCAAGGGUGGCGCCCUUCAAGUUGGAGCAAAUCUUCGAUGUGGUUCAGACCCAAUCUUCAAAGAUGUUACUUUCAAGGGUAACUCUGCAACAACUGGCGCCGUCGCUUUCUUCAGCAGCGCCUACCCAUCGUGCGCCAUCCCGGUCUUGGAAGAUGAUGACAGCAGGUGGAACCCAUCCGUUCCAUCUGCUUGGCACUGGACCGACUUUGGUGCUGCUGUCUCCGGCAACUCCGCGGCCCUUGGCAACCUGCAAGCCACGUCACCGGUCGCCAUCGUCGCUUCCUGUCGUCAAGAAGUCUGUGGACGUCAGAGCCUUCUCACGAUGGAGGGCUUUCCCGGGAUGAGUUUGUCCUUCGGAGCAAUGCUUCUCGACAGCUUCAACCAGGUCACCAUAGACGACACAUUGCAGCUUGAGAUGGUCAUCUUACCUGGCUCCACGUGCCUGCUUGACGGAGUUCUGCAGCAUCGUAUUACUCAAGGCCUGGCUGCAAUUCAGUCGGUCAAGGUGCUGGCGACGGUUGGGACGAUUUGGAACUCCAUUUGCAAAUUCAAAGUCCGCCUACCUCUCUCCAUCAUUUCAUUGAAGAACGUCGUGCCUUUAGAAGUGCACCUCCGCAUGGGGCCCAGCGCCGUGACGUGCCCUUCCGGGUGGAUUUCCUCCGGUGGACAGCAGGCCACUCGCGAGUGCCAAGCCUGUCCAGCGGGAAGUUUCGCUAUUCCCGGCGCGUUGAGCUGCACAGCUUGCCCAGCCGGUCGCUUCAACCAGGAAGCGGGCACUGCUGACUGUCUCGCUUGUCCUGCAGGUCAUGGGUGCCCGGCAGGAACAAGCAUUCCCGCUCCGUGCCCACGUGGAUAUCACCAGAACCAGGAAGGAGGUUCCAGUUGCUUGCGCUGUCCUCUGGGUACCUACACGCAGCAGACUGCCUCCGCGAACUGUACGGAGUGUGUCUUGGGCAUGAUCACCUUGGAAACGGGAUCAGACUCAGCAUCGUCCUGCCUGUGCUCCGACGACUCGUUUAUGGUACACGGCAAGGGCUGCACACCAUGCCCUGCUGGAAUGCUAUGUGCCGCUGGAUUGGCGCCUCCGCUCCAGAAGGCGGGCUACUGGGCAGAGGUUGAAGAUGCACACCGUGGGCUUUACUCCGUGUUCCAAUGCCGUAAUGCAGAGGAAUGCCCUGAAGGACAGCCUGAGAUCUGUGCACCGGGGCGAACCAACUUGGCUUGCAACAACUGCCUGCCAAAGUAUUAUCCCACAGGGAACGGAGAUUGCAAGGCCUGCGAGGAUUACGACACUUUAGGCUUUUAUGUUGCAGUGAUUGUCAUGUGGUGCGGGGCCGCGAUCAUUUUACGGGUGAUGAGCGUUGGCAUCAGCCAAUCCAGCUUGAGCAAGCUAACCGUCCUGGCUGUGGGCAACCAGCUGGUCAUGGUCAUUCAGACUUUCUCAACUAUUUCAAAGCUCGCAAUUGCAUGGCCAGAGCCGGUAAAAACACUCAUUGAGUUCGCGGACCUGAUCAUGAUGAUCAACUUAGACUUUGUGAAGAUUGCGUGUGUGAGUCAACAUGACCAUCCUGUGGUGAAGCUUUUGGGGCAGCUGCUGGCUUUUCCUGUGCUGGCUCUUGGAUUGGGCUGCGUUUGGCUGAUUCAGAAAUACUUGAAGCCGAAUCAACGAUUGGACCACCUCAUCAACGUUCUCGGUUUCAUCCUCUUCGCUUUCUUCCUCAGUCUGGCGCUGGCAACACUGUUGCCCUUUCAAUGCAUCUCGAACCCCAACGGGACCAGCUCAAUGGCCAACAAUCCAGGGGUUCUGUGCUACCAAUCGGAGGACCACUUUGUGCUUGUGGCGGUCGCUGGUGUUGGAAUCAUACUUUACCCCGUGAGCAUCAUUGCCUGGGCUACAUGGGCGACGUACUUAUACCCAUCUCGAGCUGCCACAGGAAAAGGCAUCGCGACGCUGUACCGCUAUCGCUUCUUCUUCCAACGCUUCACUCCUCAGUGCUAUUUUUUUGGAUUGUUUCUUCUCUUGCGCAAUUUCUUGCUGGCCCUCGCCCCGAUUGUCCUCGUCCCAGUCCCAGCAUUGCAAAUUGUGGCUGUCGGGACCAUGCUGCUGGCGAGCCUGGCUCUGCAGACGCGGCUAUGGGCUUGGCGCACACGCGAAUCGAAUGUUGCUGAUCUUCUCAUGAUGCAGUUUGUCGUCAUCGUUCUGCUUGGUGUGUCACCACUUCUGGAAAUCGAUGAGGCAGCAGCAGCAACUCUACUGGGGACGCUGCUUUGUGUGCCCGUCCUGGCUCCACUGGUUGUCGGCGUCCUCGUGACGAUUUGGAUGGGCUGGCGCUCUUUGCAGAAGGCAGCCCGCUAUGACGUCUUCCUUUGUCACCACAAAGGUGGUGCGGGAGCGUUGGCCCGUUAUAUCAAAAUCCAGCUUACAACGCUGACAGGCUGCAGCGUGUUCUUGGAUGCCGAUUGCUUGGAGAGCCUGGAUGGCCUUUUUGACAUCGUGCGGGAGCAGACCAAGAACUUCGUUGUCAUUUUGACUCAGGAGCUGCCGAAACGCAUGUGGUGUGCGGGCGAAGUUGCGACGGCUCACAAGAAUGCCAUUCUCACCGUGCCAGUCAGGUGCGACGGCUUUAUGAGUUACACGGACAGCCAGAUCGAUUUCAUCCCGCAAAUGUGGUCUGCUGACGAACAACAUGCGCUUAGUUGUCAAGGCAUCUCUACAUCAGACGUUGUGCAAGCCUUCAAAGUCUUGCUGGCGCUGCAUGGUGUGAUAAUGCCCCGCUUCGGCAGAGAUGCUGAGAAGCAUGAAGCCAUCGAGAAGAUAGCUUUGAGAUGUGCCCUCUCGCGCAAAACCUACAGUGAAAACCUGGGCAGGAUUUCCAAGGCGCGGAUCCUGAUGACGGGUGCCGUGCAAGAUGCGGAAGCUCUGAGUGUUCUCGAGAUAUGCCAGCACAUGGUCCAGAAGCGGUUGCAAGUGACCUGUGCCAUCGUCCGGACGGAGCUUGAGGUUCGCAUGAUGAUGUCGUAUGCAUCCUACUUUGUGGUGCUGCUGUCGCGGGGAAUGCUACGUGAUCCGUCUUUUGCUCGUCUUCUGCUCGCAGCAACGGCUUCUCCGAGUUUUGGCGGUUCCGUGAUGGUAUCGAGGACACUCUCAGCAAGUUCACGGGCCUCGGAACGACAUUUGGAACUGGUCACUGUCAAUGCGGACCCGAACUUUGAAUUUCCUGGUUCCGAGUUCUACGACGAACUUCGCCAUUUCGGACUUGGCUUCGGACAUCAGGUUGGGGGCCGGCUCGAACACGCCUAUCGCGCUUUGCUGCAACUCCUCGCGCUGCCGCUCUCCCCGCACGGGUCAUCCGCGCUCAUCAAGAAACAAAUCGAGGAGAUCUGCACGAGGUUCCGGAAGUAUCAGAACAACGUGGAGGGGUUGGCCCAGGAUCUGGAACAUGACGAGACAUUGAAAGAUGGCGCCAACUCCAUGGAACCAGCCGACUUCAAUCUGGAAUCCGCGUGCUCAAGCCCCGCAAUCACUCCACGCUUGGAAAGCAGCAUGUUUUGUCCUAGCCCAGGUGCACUAAGUGUACGAAGUUAUGACAUGCCACUGGAGAUGCUGAUGGAGUCCGUCGUAGAUGAGAGAGCGAUGGGCCGCAUCGAAGACAUCGACGAAGAUGCUCCUGCUUUCGUCAUGAGAGGGGACAUGUGCGACGUCGCAGAAGUAGAGGAGGCCGUGCGGCUCCAACUUGCACCUCUGGAGCAGCGGGUUCUUCAGGUUCAUCAGGAACUCUUGCCUUUGCAUGUGCAUGGUGUUCAACUUGACCAACCUGGCUGCAUCAAUACGCAGGACAUCCCAGUCCCGCUCCAUGUCACGGCAGAAAGUCCUGUCCUUCCACCGCCAAGUCUCCCCAGCAGCUGCCUGCGGCAGUCUGCAUUGGUUCCGGCCACAGAGAUCGCAUCAUGGAAGCGGAAUACCGUGGGCAAUCGCGAGGUGUCUGAGGAGCAGCAAAGGCCCAGCUUGUCGAGAGAAUCUCCAGCCAAGCUCACGGUGUCCUUCUCCAAGAGUGCAACGAUGGGGGAGAAAAAGAGGAGUUCUGGUACCCCAAUUCCUCUUGCAAAGUCGGUGACGACGUACCACUUCAAUGAGUCGGACAUGCCAUGGCACAGACGAAUGUGCCACCAGCUGGUGCGCAAUGCCCGCUUUGAGCUGCUGGUGAUGGUGACGCUGCUGGCAUCGUCAGCAACCUUGGGUGCCGAAACACAUGUGGCAAUGCAGGAUAUCAAUUCAGAGCCGCAUGUAGUUUUCCGCAUAUUCGACAUCACCUGGUGCGUGGCGUUCGUGGUGGAGCUCUUCCUGCGCAUUUUUGCAGACGGCAAAAUGUUCUUCAGCACAACGAACCCAGAGUUUGGAUGGAACUGGAUGGACACCUUCUUUGUCGCCAUAUCGACGGCCGAUGAGGCGAUCGUGCUGCUAGGAUUUGCAAUCGAGCUUUCUCAGUUCCGACUCCUGCGCAUGAUACGCUUGGUGCGUGUCCUGAGACUGCUGAGAGUUGUUCGUUUCUGCAGCGACCUGCGCAUCAUGGUCAAUGGAAUUGCAGGGUCUGUUCGAGUCCUGUUCUGGGCGUUGAUACUGCUGGCAAUCGUCAUGUUCAUCUUCGGUGUCACCCUCAUGCAACUGGCGUAUGCGCAUCUUCAGACGAACAGUGCUGACACAGCUGAAGUGACGAAGUACUACGGUACUUUGGGCAGAAGCAUGCUGACGCUCUUCAUGGCCAUAUCCGGAGGUAUAGAUUGGAAGGAUUCAGUCGCUCCGCUUGGGCCGAUGAGCUGGAUCUUGGAUUACUUCAUGGGCGUGUACGUGUUUUUUACUUUGUUCUGUUUCAUCAAUGUGAUAACAGGCAUUUUUGUGGACAAUGCGAAGGCAUUGGGCGAAACGGAAGCAAUGCAUCAGCGCUCUGCAUUGGCUUUGAAGCGGAAAAUGUGGGUCAAGAAAGUGCUGGCCCUCUUCGCCCAGCUCGACUCUGGCCAAGAGGGUGACCUCUCGUACGAAGAGUUCGCAGCAGAGAUACAGGAUGAGCGGGUUCAAGACUGUUUCCGCCACCUGGGGAUAAAUGUGGAGAACCACACCGUGGAUGAGCUUUUUGACCUCUUCGACGUGGAUGCCGAGGGAAAAAUCGAUCAAUCGUCGUUUGAACAGGCAAUCAGGCAAUUUCAUGGCCACGCGAGAAGCAUCGAUGUGUACAAGCUUCGGCGCGAAACACAAAAGUUUCUCGGCAGUUCACCAAGUUGGCCGGCUUGGUGUGGUUGA